CUUGAUAUAUCUUAUAAAAUGGGGUAGAAAUUUAAAUGAGGAGCAUAGUAAAAGGAAGAUAUUAAUAUAUACCUUAAUAUAUGGCUUUGAAAAUGAGAAAAAGAAGUGACAGUUUUUGGAACAACUUUCAUCUCCUUUUUUGUAUCUUUGAUUCUAUAGUAAAAUUUUAUCGUACAAAAAUAUUACAUUUUUUUUAAGCCCCCUCAAAGACAAGUUUCAAGUUCCGCCGCUGUUGUGUGUGGCUGGUUUAGUAUCUGAGUGUGUAAACCUGAUCUAUAAACCAGUGUCCUGUUGCCUUAUAUGUGAAUUGCUCUCUCGUAAACAGGGAUGGAGCUCCUGUGCUGAAGUUAGGACUACUCGCUCUUAGGAGGAGCAAGCGCAAUGCUUGCAAGAAGGCAGGUCGAAGGCAGUUUCUCCCACCCCCUGCUGUGGAGAUGGGCCCAGUCCAUGUGCUCAAGUUGGGGGAGCCUAUGAGGGAUGGAGCUCCUGAGCUGAAAUUAGGCAAGCUUAUAAGAGACCCAGCAGAAGAUGACUCUCUCUUAUUCCAGCCUUCCAGGCAAGCUUUGUCGAAUCUGGCGCACAAAAUGAGGGACACAAUCAAUGGCGAAUAUCUUUCUUUGAAGCUUGAUAUCAAGAGGAAGAUUGAGGAUUUCAUUGCUAGUGUGUUUGAAUACCUUUCUGGCGAUCAAGUUACAGAGGAGGAAUGUGAUGUAAAGCUGAAGGAGUUCAAUAGCAUUAUCUCCCUGAUAUUAGACAGCAUGGAUGAGGAUGUUACUUUUGGUGGCAGUGGUGCUGGUCCCAAGAUCGGAGAAGUUGAUUAA